UGUAUAGGACGCUAGCAUAGAUAGGACGCAGGCAAAAAAAUAGUUGAGAAAACGGGUAAAAACCCUUAAUAUAUAAGAUAGGACGCAGCGGAAAAAUAUCAAAAUCGGAGCCGAAAAAUUGAGGUUUGGAACCUGCAAACAAUAGUGAGGAUGAUGAUGUCCAUGUCUGUCGCAAGUGCAAUAUCAUCUUUUACAGUAUUGAGAAAUACUUGGAACAUAAAGUCAAACAUGACAAUUUCAGGAUACGGUUUGGGAAAUCUGAUGUUGACAAGCGGAUGGUUAUGCCAAAGCUUGUACGCAAGCAACGUCAGAUCUGCAAAAUUGUGGCUGGGAAAGACACAACCUCAACAAAUAGCGCAGCAACACCAGGAAGAAAGAAACGUGGCCGUAAAAAGCUUAGUGAGCUAAAACCAGAACCUGCGGAACUGACAGAAAGAGCUGGAUAUGUUUGCACAAAAUGUGGUAGAAAAUUCAACAGGGAGGCUAGCCUACGUCGUCACAUGGAGUACGACCACAGGGAGAGUGACUCUGAAGCAAGCGAGGUGGAUAAUGAGCUCGAAGAUGACAGAGAUAGGGACUUCAAACCAGAACAAGAACCAGACCCUGAAGAACCGGACGAACAGAAUGUGCAGGUGAUAUAUGUGGCCAGUGCAGAUGGUGAGGAAGGCACUGGCUCAGGUGCAGAUAUCGACUCGUUACAGCAGGUGAUAAGGGCUGCUGCCUUAGUGGAGGCACAACACACUGCCAGCGAUGGCACCAUCACUGUUACACUGUCAAAUUGCCCUGAACAGUCUUCCACAGACACCACCCCUACUGUGAUUGUAACCAGAACUACCACAGACAAGCCUGUAGCUCCCAUAGCCCCUAAACUUGUCACAGAUGAUAAGGGGGAAACUACUGGAAAGACCAGUAACAGCAAGAAAAAACUCACUGAUGAAGAUCGAGCACUCAGAAAAUACUGCUGUAAAGUCUGUAAAAGCAGAUUCAAAGAACUGCCAGUUCUGAGGGCCCACAUGAUGACUCAUACCAACAAGCGUCACUAUGUGUGUGGAGCUGAGGGUUGUACAUACGCCUUCAAGACGAGAGGUUCGCUCAAGCGCCACAUGCGUCGUCAUACGGGUGAGAGACCAUUCCCAUGUGAACUGUGCGGUCGUUCCUUUGCUGAGUCUGGGGCUCUGACUCGCCAUUUGAAAGCCAGAACCCCAUGUACACACAAGUCCAACAGUGACCUGCCGCGUUAUGGCAAGAGAUGGACAUAUACGCCAAACAUUCCUGCAGCGAGGGCUAACACAGUACAGGCACCGGAGGAAAGAGAGGCAGAGGAACAACCUGUGAAUCAGUCUGCAAAUCAGGGUGAUGUGGCGAUGGUAACCAUGGUAUCUGAUGGCAGUGAAGUUGUGGCAGUGGAGGAUACCCUACAACACAUAGAGAAUGUGGAGGCGAUGGAGCAUGUUGAUGAGGAGGUGGUGGAUGAUGAGAUUGUUGGCGACCAGGUUGUUGGGGACCAUGAUGUGACUGCUGACGACUCCAUCCAGGACUUUGUCCACUCUGAGACUGUCAUACAAGACUCACAAGGAAAUGUCUGCAAGGUAUGUUGUGAAGAGCUUGCAUCUACAGAAGCAUUGAGGGUUCACCUACGGACCCACCUAGCAGAUGAGAUAUGGCGUUGUCCCCUGUGCCACUUCUACACUGAAAGCAGGGAAGACUUCCAAUCUCAUAUGAACCUCCAGCAUGACCUACAGCUCAAGUCAAAUGAUCAAUUGUCAGAGGGGACAGCAGAAUCUGCUACAGACUCGUCACCACAAGUAGCUGCCCAGACAGCUGUGAGGCAGCUACUGGAGAUGCCUACAAGUUCCGAUGAUGGGGGCGGGGCUGAAAGAGACGGAAGGGCAAUCUAUGCCUGCCCAGUCUGCAAUAAACACUUCUCCAAUGGCAACUACCUCAAACUGCACAUGCGCAGUCAUACUGGUAUAAGGCCCCACAAAUGUCCUGAAUGUGAUAAGAGCUUCAUCAACAGAGACACCCUAAACAAGCACAUGUCAGUCCACCUGGAGGAACGUAACUUCAAGUGCGGGAAGUGUGGCAAACUGUUUAAACGCCUGUCCCAUGUCCGCGAGCACAUCAAGAUACACUCGGGUUCUCGACCAUUUCCUUGCACUGUGUGUGAAAAGAGCUUUAAAACCAGUAAUGCAAUGAAGGUUCACCUGCGCACCCACUCUGAUGUGAUGCCGUAUGAAUGCACCUUCUGCCAUCGUCGAUUCCGAGAGAAGAGCUCCAUUGUACGACACAAUCGAAUGCACACGGGUGAGAAGCCGUUUGUCUGUCCUCACUGCGGUAGACGGUUUGCGGAGCAUGGGACACUCAACAGGCACCUGAAGGCUAAAGUAUCGUGUAAGAAGCCUGUCCUGCAUGUGAAUGGGCUGGGUGAGGAGGGGACGGACACAGACUAUACCAUGUUGACAGAGUUCUCCUCAGUGGUGGCCGACACCCAGCAGUACAUAGUGCCCGGGAGUGAGGAGGCUGGUCAUGGAGAUAUACAGGAAUCGGUUACUGAGUAUGUUGUUGCAUAUGAGGAACAAGAGGAUGUCAAGCCUGGCGAGGAGAUUCAGAAUGUGCAGAUCAUCUCGGACGAGACUCAGAUGGACAGUGUUGAGGUGACGGGAGACUACCAGGCCAUCACAGAUGAGGAGGCAGGGCUUAUACACAUACUGGACACCAAGACUGGGGAAGUCAUGGCCGUUGUACCUCUUUCCGGAGACGGAACUGAAAACCAGGUCCAAUCAAUCACCAUGUCCCAAGAUGGUCAGGUCUCCAUGGUUACGCUUCUGUCUACAGAGGAAGGUCAAGCCAAUGAAGAAGACGAGAUGGAGGUGGUUGACGGGGCAGGGAGUGAUGAGUUGGUUGUGGAUACCCUUGGUCAGUCAACAGGUCCAGCUUCAGAUGAGGUCAACAACUUAAUGGAAAUUGCUGGGGAAGGCGUACAAGUGUUGCAGAUUGUGAGUGAGGAGGAGGAAGUGAUGCUGCCCCUUGGUGGUGAAGGUCAGCAACUGGAGGUAGUAGAUGAUCAAGAAACCAUGGAUGGUAAUAAUGUGAAACAGCAGAAAGGUAGCAACAUUAAUAGUCCUGGGUGGCGAAAAGCCAAGCAUAAAUUGAAGAUACUGGCUAGUGAUGAUGCGCAGUAGCUGGAUAGCUAGUGGCUGAUUUACAAAGCAUAAAUCUGUGUUCAAAUAGUUUUAGGGCCUUAAAACAAUCAUGUUACAUGUAUAUGUACCGGUAUGUCUUAAACUCUGUAACAUGUUGUUUAUUUAUUGUGUCAUGUCAGACCCAUUAGGAUCAUGUCUGUCACCAUCAUUAAUUCUGUUGUACUUUUGUUAUCUGCCUCCAUACAUGAUGAGUUCUGCGACUAAUUUUAAACAAACUUGGAACAUACGGCUUAUUUCUUUUGUGCAUAUAUUGGACAAGUAUUACAAAUGAGUAUUGAUAUUAAUAUAUUUCCUCAUGAACAAUGUAGCCGGUAACCAGUGCUCACUGAACACUUUCACUUUAGUUGUGAUUUGUAUUUUAUUUCAUAAAACAUGUUUAUGGGGGUGUAGUGCCCAGGAAAAUUUAAAAUUGACCAUUGUUGUUGAUAUUAGUUCAAUGCAUGCUUGAUGUGAAGUUAUGUUUAUAAACAGUUUACUAGUACUAGUUGGAGUAUUCCGCCAGUUUGAGAUUGCCGCUAGUUGUUAUGUGUUACACAUGAAAUGUUAAAUAAUAUCCAUUUAAAUAUAAAACAUGUAUUUCUUUUUGAAAAUCCAGUGUUAUAACUGUUGGUGAA